AUGCCAAUGGAAAAUGAAGAUAUUCAUCACUCUCCCUCCGAGCCUGAAGUGGAGGAGAUUCAUCAUUCUCCCAGAGCAUGUGUAGCUGAUGAACAUGAUUAUCAGAAAACAAAUGAUUCAAAGUCUUCUCGAGGUGAUGAUGACGAUGAUAUUUAUGAUGGCAUACAGUUUUUGAAUGAAUUCGACUUUACUGGAAUUAACGAUGAUGUUCCAACCAACAUAGAGUUUGAUCUCAAUGAUGAAGACUUUAAUCUUUUCUCGAUAUCACCAGCAGCCGUGCAAAUAAAGGCAAAGGAAGAAGAAAAUACCAAACAAAUCAAGGAUUUACAAACAAGUCUUGGAUCCGUUCUAACCAGUUAUCUUAAUCUCAAGAACGUAUUAUAUGAUGCUUUUAGUGAAAAAGUUAAAGCUCUCUUACAACAGCCUCAUGGAGUAGAUGAUCCUCCUUUACCUCAAUCACCUCAUGCAACUAAUGAUCUUCAUGUUGACCCACCUGCUCCAAGAACAACUACCAUUGUAGAAAGAUUUGAAAAAGAACCAGAAGGAAGCAGAGCUAGAAUCACAAUUAAACAGGGCAAAAGAGUUGUGAUUGCAAACCAACGCGAGGGACUUCUGUUUAUGAAAAAUACAAAUGAAGAUCGCAAUGCAAAAGAACCUGCCCUGACUGUAACAGUUUGA